GGACGGACUCACCUAGGGGCGUUUCUCCCGGGCCGGAAGAUGAGCUCCGCCGGGUUCCAGAAUCCUGAGCUCCCUCAGUAGCAGCUAAAUUCUACAAGAUUAUUCUGCGGCGAACGAACUUCGAAUUGAGAGAAAACCCGAGCUGUCUAGUCCCGUCAUUGACUGUCUAUAGGAGUUGGAAGAGGUUUUAUUGACCUCGCUGGACUCGUUUCCUUUUCUCUAAAAUGAGGGGCUUGGAAUAACAAGAGGAACAUGAAUCAGAAGCUAUUGAAGUUGGAAAACUUGCUACGGUUUCAAACUGUUUGUAGGCAGCUACAUGUCCUGAGUGGAAGAACAUUGGUUCAGCAGAGACAUGUGUUUUCAUCUGCUUACCCAAUGUGGACGGCUCAGCUGUAUGCCUCCCCCUGGCAAACACACACACUCAUAAGGGCUGCUCUAUCUCAAUAUAGAAGCCUAGUAACAAAGAAGGAAGAAAGAUCACGGAAACCUCACUUAUCUUCAACAAAAUCUAAAAAGGAGGUAGAGGUAUGGAUUGGAAUGACUGUUGAAGAGCUGGCCAAGGCAAUGGAAAAAGACAUAGAUUACAUAUAUGAAGCUUUAAUGAACACUGCUAUUGACAUAGAUUUACUAGAAGCAGAUUCACGUUUAGAUGAAAUAUGGAUCAAAGAAGUGAUCAAGAAGGCAGGAAUGAAGUUAAUUUGGAGCAAAUUAAAACAAGACAGAGUCAGAGAAAAUAAAGAUGCUGUAAAAAGGCCCCAGGCUGAUCCAUCUUUAUUAACCACAAGGUCCCCAGUUGUCACUAUAAUGGGCCAUGUUGAUCAUGGGAAAACAACGUUACUUGACAAACUGAGAAAAACUCAGGUGGCAGAAAUGGAAGCUGGUGGUAUCACUCAGCACAUUGGUGCCUUCCUAGUCUCUCUGCCUUCUGGGGAAAAGAUAACCUUUCUCGAUACUCCAGGACAUGCUGCUUUCUCAGCAAUGAGAGCCAGAGGAGCUCAGGUCACAGAUAUUGUCAUAUUGGUUGUAGCUGCAGAUGAUGGAGUGAUGAAACAAACUAUAGAAUCUAUUCAGCAUGCCAAAGAUGCUCAAGUUCCUAUUGUCCUUGCCAUAAACAAAUGUGACAAACCUGAGGCUGAUCCUGAGAAAGUGAAAAAAGAACUGCUAGCUUAUGAUGUGGUUUGUGAGGAUUACGGUGGUGAAGUUCAGGCAGUUCAUGUCUCUGCACUUACGGGUGAUAACCUAAUGGCUUUGGCAGAGGCGACAAUUGCUCUUGCAGAGAUGUUAGAAUUGAAAGCAGAUCCUACUGGUCCAGUGGAAGGAACAGUAAUAGAAUCUUUCACAGACAAAGGAAGAGGACCUGUUACUUCAGCUAUAAUUCAGAGAGGAACUUUGAAAAAAGGUUCAGUUCUGGUUGCUGGAAAGAGUUGGGCAAAAGUCCGAUUAAUGUUUGAUGAAAAUGGAAAAGCAAUCAGUGAGGCAGGCCCCAGCAUGCCAGUGGGAAUCGUUGGGUGGAAAGACCUUCCUUCUGCAGGAGACGAAAUUCUUGAAGUAGAAUCUGAGCCAAGGGCACGUGAAGUUAUUGACUGGAGAAAGUAUGAGCAAGAACAGGAGAAAAAUAAAGAGGAUCUGAAAAUAUUAGAAGAAAAACGAAAAGAACACCAAGAAGCACAUCGGAAAGCCCGCGAGAAAUAUGGCUCUUUGCACUGGAAGGAGAGGUCAUUUAUAAAGUACCAAGAAAAAAAAGAGCAAAAAGUGUUAAAGCCAAAAGAGAAAGUGGAAAAAGAAUCAAAUGUGCUUCCUAUAAUCAUUAAAGGUGAUGUUGAUGGUUCUGUUGAGGCCAUUUUGGAUAUUAUGGAUACUUAUGAUGCUUCACAUGAAUGCGAACUAGAAUUGGUACAUUUUGGUUUGGGUGAUAUCAGUGAAAAUGAUGUCAACCUUGCUGAAACGUUUCAUGGUGUUAUAUAUGGCUUCAAUGUGAAUGCAGGCAAUGUUAUACAACAAUCAGCUGCAAGAAAAGGAAUAAAAAUUAAACUUCACAAAAUAAUUUACCGGCUCAUUGAAGAUUUGCAAGAGGAACUGAGUAGCAGAUUGCCCUGCUUCGUGGAAGAGCACCCAAUAGGUGAGGCUUCCAUAUUAGCUACCUUCUCUAUAACGGAAGGGAAGAAGAAAGUGCCUGUGGCUGGCUGCAGAGUCCAAAAGGGGCAGUUAGAAAAACAAAAAAAAUUUAAAUUAACCCGUAAUGGACAUGUUAUCUGGAAGGGUUCUUUAACCUCACUGAAACACCAUAAAGAUGAUGUUUCUGUCAUCAAAACUGGGAUGGACUGCGGUCUCAGUCUGGAUGAAGAACAUAUAGAAUUUAAAAUAGGAGAUGAAAUUAUUUGUUAUGAAGAAAAGGAAGUUCCAGCCAAGACUUCUUGGGACCCUGGAUUUUAAAGUAUCUUACUUUCAAAGCAUCUAGUUUGCUUUAUUCAACAUCUUUGGUGAAUAUUAACUGCCAAAUGUUAACAUACAUUCUGUAAAAAUACUGGAACAAGAACCUUGUUUUCAAAUAAAUGCUGAAAGCAAACUGUUCAAUGUU